AUGGCAAGACUAUCUGGAUUACAAAAAGAGGUACUUCAAUUGUAUAGAAAAUGCAUUCGAACUAUAAAGACCAAACCUGAAAAUACUCGCGAACAUUGGAGGAAUUUUAUUCAUGAAGAAUUUGCCAAAUAUCAUCAUUUGUCAAAGAAACAAUUUAAUACCAUUGAAUAUUUGAUCCGUAAUGGACAUAGAAAACUAGAAAUGUAUCUGAAUCCACAACUAAAAGAUAUCCAUUAA